CGAGUCUCCUCAGCCCUUCCGACCAUAGUAUUCUUCCUCUCUUAUUCACGGCGCAGCUUCACAUGACGGCCCAGAGGUUCUCCUAGCCCCUCGUGUCUGUGUUGCUCGCGACUCUUCCAGUGAGCGAGAGCUUCGCUUCGCGCUCGCUUGCCAAGCAACCUCAUUCCCGUCCAUUCAUUCCCUACCCGUGUUUGCCCACCGCCGUGAGAGUGCCAGCAUUGGGCUUCCCGUCGACUCGAUCUCGCAGCACAACGUUCUUUCGAGCAUCAUUGCCCAGCCGCUGUCCUGAGCAGCCGUCGCCACCCUCCUCUGCCCUCGUCUCUUGGCUGGAUACCCACAGGUAGCCGCCGACAUACAGGCAACCCGCCCUUCCACGGUCGAGGCACACUCUAUCCACGCGAUCGCUCGCAGUCACAUUGUCGAGAGAAUGGAAUCGCAGUCGCAGCAGCGAAUACUGCCCAACAAGAUGGCGGGACUCCCCAAUAUCCUCAACAGCGAGGAGCGAGCCCCUUCGCCCGUUGUAGCCGCUCCCCAGUUGCGCGAUUCUGGAUUCUAUUCCACACACGAGACGUCAAGCAAGCACGCCUCUACAGCUUCGUUCACGACCGCAGGUCUCAGCCCGGCCGGAUCUGGCUACUCGUCCGUCGACAAGACGCCCUCCCCCGUCGCUACCAACAUGCUACCUCACGCCUUGGUCUCCCCUGCUGCCAGCAACAUGAGCGUGGCCUCCAUGGUCUCUCCCAACCCAACCAGCAACAUUGAUCGGAGGUUCGACCGACCAACUUCGCUAGACACGGCCAGCAUCUCAGGGGCAACCCUGGGAGAAGGGCUUGCCUCCAUUGCAGGCAGCCGGCGUGAGAGCGUAGACAGCAGAAUCGGCCGGGACUUUAGCGAUAUGCGGCUCGGCAACUCGCCGUACGCCAGCAACAACCAGUCCACAUCCUCCAUCCAGAACACGCUGCACCAGCAGCGUAACCCCAGGCCCAACUUUGAGGCCCUCGCUGUGCACCGAAUCUCAAAUGGAUACCUGCCCAGCGCUGAGCGAAACCCAGAGCCUGCCAAAGUCGUGCGAACCGCUCCUACGAUUACUGGUCCUACAACCGGGCUCAUCGCCCGUGCAGCAGAGCCGACUAAGGGUCAGGCCUGGGCUUUUCCUGAGGACGAUCUUCGAGGCGGAGGUGACAAUCAGAGGGCUGGCAACAACCUCCCGAACAACCACUCGUCCUAUGACGUUUCUCGCCGCAGCAGCAUCACUGAGUCCAUCGCCAGCAGUCAAUUCACGACAGAGUCGAGACUGCCUCCGGGUCAGCGCAGAUUCGACGAUGGCUCUCAGCUUUCACGGAUGAACUCAUCCGACUUCCCUCCUGUCCACCACCACUCCAUUCCUCACAAGCAGUUGAGCGGUUUACAAGCGGAAGAGACCAAUGGGGCCUCGGGCUCGCAGCCCUACAGCAGAACCCCUGAGCUGCGAGUGAGCCACAAGCUGGCUGAGCGGAAACGAAGAACCGAGAUGAAGGAGCUCUUUGAUCAGCUGCGUGAUUUGAUGCCGCAGGAGCGCGGAUCCAAGGCAUCCAAGUGGGAGAUUCUCACCAAAGCCAUCGCUGAGCACCAGAAGCAGAGUGAGCACAUUCGACUCCUCCAGAACCACAUCAACACGGUCAUGGCCGACAAUGAGAUGUUGCGGCGAGAGCUGCAGGGAAUUCAAAUGGAGCGGCACUCCCAGUAUAUGGGCAGUAUGGACCGCCAGCAAGGACAGCAGGCACCUCCCCCGGGACACGCCAGCCAAGCGGCUCCCUACUCAUCUGAUCCAUAUGCGAGCGCGCCUCGAACUGAGCUGCCGCCUCUCCGGUCCAUCAGCAACGGGAUCCCGAACGGCCCUGACUCCAUGACGGGCGUGCAGUAUGAGGCUCCACGGAGCAACGGAUACCGACAAGAGCGAUACUAGGGAUUCGAGCUUGCCCAACGCCAGAUGCUGCAAGAAACCAUACCAGAAGAUGCCGCACUGGAGUAUGCUACGCCGGACUAUGGUACGACGGACUACCCCCCGCCUUAAUGGUCGCCUACGCUUGGCAUGGUGAUGGUGCUCAUAUGCGCCUUCUACGCCAUGCACACUUACCCGCAUUGUCAACGGAGCAUGCGGAGAGAGUCUAAAUGAUGGAGGAGGACAACGACGUUGGGGAACCAAUGCCGUCCCGCCACUCCGCGCUUAGAUGCCCUGGAUCGAUUGUUGUUCGCCUUGCUCAGUAAUGAAAGAUCGGAAUCGAAAUCGCAGAAAAUCAGAAUAAAG